AUGAACCACCACGACGACUCCUCCGCCAUUGAAUUGAAUGAUUGUGGCCUUUCCAGUCUGCUGCACCACAAUUACGAAGAAGCAACAUGUCUCUUCCGCGAUGCCCUUUAUAUGAUCAAGCAGGACAUUGCGCACCAACACCAACAACUACCACACAUGGAAGAACAAGCAGGAAACCUACAAGACGAGUCCAUUGUUGAUCUCGAGUUCUAUGAGCCAUGUGAUUUCAAGGAUCACAUGAUCUGCAAGACGGCUAUCAGUAUCAAGAGAGCAGCCAUGAUGGGAAGCCACAAAAUUACUUCGGUAGUGAUUUACAACCUUGCGAUUACAACUCAUCUUUGGGCGCUACAAAACGGAUCAAUAGAAAAGCUAAAAAAGGCAUUGCACCUAUACAAGAUAUCCUCUCAAACACAGGGUGUCCACGAAUCAAGCGUUGCCAUGUCAAUAUUGAACAAUACGGCAAGCAUUCAUUUCAUUCUUGGAAACCGCAAGGAGGCUAUCGAGAUUCUUCGCCAACUCUGGGCAGUCAUGACAUAUUGUGGCAAACCAGAAUCAACAAGCAAGAACCACUAUGAGAAAAGCUGGCAGGUUUGCCAGAGGAAUGUUGUGACUUUGUUGAUGGCUCCUCCAAGCACUGCCUGUGCUGCUUAG